AUGGAAGCUUUAUGUGACUUUCCUUCUCCUCUGCAAGUUUUGUUCAGAACUGGAAGGUGUUGCAAUGUGAAUGAUUCAAGCUUCAAGCUGACGUGUCAAUACCCACUGAGGCUUGUGAGGACGAAACUUGCUUUCUCUCAAAAGCUCUUCAUCUGUCGAGCAAGGUUUGCGGACUCUGGGAUAGAAGGGACAUUUAACUUAAAACUGGUAUCUCCAGCUCUUUUAGCAGCUGAGAAAGAAGAAGCUAAAGCUGUCCUGAUGUUGUUCUUGAAGAAACAAGGUCUCAGCCAUACACCUGCCGCAAGAACCAUAAACAAGUCGGAGCUUUUCAUUGAUCACCUUGUCGAUAGGCUUCAUUCUGUUCAUAAAUCCCGGUAUCUAGUAGGACGUGAGCUAACCACUCUUGAGAUAAGGGAGGCUCUAAUCCCUUACCUUGAAUCCCUUCUAGAGGAGCAUGGUAUUUAUAUGGUAGAUGUGGUGGAAAGCUUUCCUGAUGCACCAGUUAAAGCAAAGCCAGUUGCACCGGUUAUUAAAUCCCAGUCAUCUGUUGACUUGAAGAAGUUGAAAGCCAUAUCUAGAGUGAGUGAGAUAGGCCCAGCUGGGAAGCUUCCAUCUCAUAUCCAAUACCUUUUAGAGCUUGGAAUGGAUCUCGAUCAAAUAAAGGGUAUUGCGCGCAGAUUUCCAUCUUUUGCCUACUACAGUUUGGAGGGGAAGAUAAAACCAACUGUUGAGUUUCUCCUUGAUCUUGGGGUCCCAAAAUCUGAUAUUCCUACAAUCCUCUUUAAGAGGCCUCAGCUGUGCGGGAUCAGUCUUUAUGAGAAUAUUAUGCCAACCAUGAGAUUCUUAGAAAACCUAGGUGUGGACAAGAAACAGUGGGCAAAAGUGAUAUACCGCUUUCCAGCCCUUCUCACAUAUAGCAGGCAGAAGGUGAAAACAACAGUAGAUUUCCUCUAUGAAAUGGGCCUUUCAGAAGAGAUCAUAGGUAAGGUCUUAACAAGGUGCCCGAACAUAAUUAGUUACAGUGUCGAGGACAAGUUACGGCCCACAGCUGAGUACUUUCGCUCACUAGGGGUGGAUGUUGGUGUUCUUCUGCAUCGAUCUCCCACAGUGUUUGGCCUUAGUAUAGAGGCCAACUUGAAGCCUGUGACAGAUUUUUUCAUUGAGAGGGGAUAUACUAUGGAAGAAAUUGGGACAAUGCUUUCAAGGUAUGGAGCCUUAUAUACGUUCAGCUUGACAGAGAACUUGAUGCCGAAAUGGGAGUUCUUUUUGACCAUGGAUUAUCCAAAAUCAGAGCUGGUUAAAUUCCCUCAAUACUUUGGUUAUAGUUUGGUAGAACGGAUUAAACCAAGAUAUGCACUUAUGAAGGAAUGUGGAGUGAUGUUACUAUUGAACCAGUUGUUAUCGCUAUCUGCUUCUAACUUUGAUAAGGCUCUUAAAAAGAAAAUUGAGAAAAUGGCGGCUGCCAAUGGUGAAGAUCCCAACACAGAUGUUGUACUAUGAAACUUGUGUGCGAGUAUUAUAACAAUCCAGGAAGAGCACAUUUCGGUACAGUUGCCACAUUGGAACUAAAAGUCUGCGUAUCUUGGCAAUGGGACGAUGUAUUGCUUCUGAACUUGGCUGAUUAUAUGAUUCUUCUGAGCGGUGGCUGCAGCCAUGAGACAUUGGAUUUUUGUCCUAUACUAAUUGAAGCUUCAGAAGAGAAAUAUGUUGCUGAAUGACAUCCUUGAAAAUGAUGAUGAUACAGCUGUCUUGUUCA